GUGACAGAGAAAAAGAACCUCAAGAUUUUUCUUAUAUCAGCUCAUUUGAGAGGUGCACCCACCAAGCAACAAAUUUCAGGAGCGGUCCAAAUUUCAGUCCAAAAAUUUUGUGCAAAAUGCCUACCUCUACAUCACUGCCCUCACAAGCACCAAAGUCAAGAUCAAAUCCAAUUAGACUCAUUGCCAUAGUCUUGCUAGCUUGCAUUGUCCUCUUGGGUCUUGUGGUGCUCAUCACUUGGCUAAUUCUCAAGCCCAAGCGCCUUGUUUACACCAUUGAAGAUGGCUCAAUCCAAAACUUCAACCUAACCAAUGACCACCUCUCUGCCGACUUUGAUUUUGUCUUACGAGCCUACAAUCCCAACAAGAGAGUUUCCAUAUACUAUGACUCCAUUCAAGCCACUGUGAACUACAAUGACCAGACAUUGGCAUUUUCUGGGGUUGAUCCCUUCUACCAGCGCCAUCGAAACGUGACCCGAUUCAACGUCAAGUUCACAGCUCAUUCCACUGCACUGCCCAGCUCUGUCUCUAACGAUCUACAGCUUGAGAAAAGAACAGGCAAGAUCCAGUUUGAUGUUUGGCUGAAGGCAAGGAUUAGGUUCAAGGUUGGAGCUUGGAAAUCGCGCCAUCGCACAUUAAGGGUUUCAUGUGCCCCAGUGUUGGAGUUUUCAAGGCCUAAGAACUUGAAGAGGACUUACUGUUAUGCAGAAAUUUGAUCAACCCUCUCACUGCAACUGCAUGCAUAUUUCAAUGACUGAAUUUUUCUCUGUUGUUUGGGAGUUUUUUUUUUUUUUUUAAUUUUAGUUUCCUUCAUAUAAUCCUCAACUAUAUAUGUGUGUGUGGUCAUUGUUGUUGUGUUGAACUUUUCAUUUUUCAUGUAAUUGUGAUAUUUAUUCAUUUAUUUAUUGUGUAACUAAAUCCAUAUGGAUUGAUCAGGUAUGCUUCAAGUUUUUAUUUUAUUU